GAGUGAGCGUGACGCCGCUUCCUUUUCUCGUCGACUAGAUAUGUGGUGGUUUUUUUGCUUUUCUGCUUUUCCCCAUCUCUCUCCACUGUAAGAUAAACGAGGAGGGGCUUGGUGCCUUGGAGGAGGCAGGCAGGCAGAGCUGGCCCGUUCGCGGUGUGUGUCGCUUAUCCUAGGCAGCUCGCAUGCAUUAACGAGUGACAGACAUCAGGGCGCACCACAGAGAGGCGGACCGCUCGGUGUUGGCUCAGCAGACGCGCUGAAAACAAUUCAUAUUAACAGCAUGCAGACGACCUUUUCACACGAUUAGCGUGGGGUGUUCCACUAUACCUCCUCCUUACUCUCCUUUGGAUUUAACAUCAGCCGAUUUGCUUCAUCUGGUGCGUUAUUAUAAGCCUGUUAACCCUGUUUCCUCGCCUAAUAUGUGACUGACUGACAGAUAAGAGGUUAUGUCGGUUGCCUUGGUUCAGCUAAUUCUACACACACUGCAAUCAAGCAGAAGCUCUGCACACACAUAACCCUUUAAUAUCAGAACAGCAGGAGCUGCUGAGGCAGGGGAAGGGCAUAACACACAUUCUGUUUCACAGGUGUAUAGGUUGGGGAGGCCAUUGCAGUACGCACCAAGAUGGUGGCCUUGUCGCUAAAGAUCUGUGUACGCCAGUGCAAUGUGGUAAAGACGAUGCAGUUUGAGCCGUCCACUCCUGUGUAUGAUGCUUGCAGAAUCAUCAGAGAGAGAGUUCCAGAAGCUCAGACAGGACAAGCCUCAGAUUAUGGCCUAUUCUUGUCUGAUGAUGAUCCCAGGAAAGGAAUCUGGCUCGAAUCUGGAAGAACCCUGGAUUACUACAUGCUGCGAAACGGAGACAUAUUGGAGUAUAAGAAGAAACAAAGGCCUCAAAAGAUCAAAAUGCUGGAUGGUGCAGUUAAAACCAUCAUGGUGGAUGACUCAAAAACAGUUGGGGAGCUGCUUGUCACCAUAUGCAGUAGAAUAGGAAUCACCAACUAUGAGGAAUACUCCCUCAUUCAAGAAGUGCCAGAGGACAAGAAAGAGGACGGAAUGGGGACGCUAAAGAAAGACAGAACGCUGCUGCUGCGAGAUGAGAGGAAGAUGGAAAAGCUCAAAGCCAAACUCCACACAGAUGAUGAAUUGAACUGGCUGGAUCACAGCAGGACAUUCAGAGAGCAGGGAGUGGAUGAAAGUGAGACUCUGCUGCUCAGACGCAAGUUCUUCUAUUCAGACCAGAAUGUGGACUCACGGGACCCUGUCCAGCUAAACCUGCUCUAUGUUCAGGCUAGGGAUGAUAUAUUGAAUGGAUCCCACCCUGUCUCCUUUGAUAAAGCCUGCGAGUUUGCAGGGAUACAGGCUCAGAUCCAGUUCGGACCCCAUGUGGAGCACAAGCACAAGCCUGGAUUCUUAGACCUGAAGGAGUUCCUACCUAAAGAGUACAUCAAGCAGAGAGGGUCGGAGAAGAAAAUAUUUCAAGAACAUAAAAACUGUGGAGAAAUGACAGAGAUUGAAGCAAAAGUGAAGUAUGUGAAACUCGCGAGGUCCCUGCAGACGUACGGAGUGUCCUUCUUCCUGGUGAAGGAAAAGAUGAAGGGUAAAAAUAAGCUGGUCCUGCGGCUGCUGGGGAUAACCAAAGAGUCAGUGAUGCGGGUGGAUGAGAAGACAAAGGAUGUAGUGCAGGAGUGGCCUCUGACAACAGUCAAGAGAUGGGCUGCCUCCCCGAAGAGCUUCACCCUGGAUUUUGGAGAGUACCAGGAGAGUUACUACUCUGUCCAGACUACAGAGGGAGAGCAAAUAUCCCAACUGAUUGCUGGUUACAUUGACAUCAUUCUUAAAAAGAAGCAGAGUAAGGAUCGUUUUGGCCUUGAGGGAGAGGAGGAAUCCACCAUGCUGGAGGAAUCGGUUUCCCCUAAGAAGUCCACAAUUUUGCAGCAGCAGUUCAAUCGAGUGGGCCGUGUGGAGCACGGCUCAGUGGCACUUCCAGGUAUUAUUCGGUCUGGGUCUAUCGGCGGCCCCGACACCUUCAAUGUGGGUACUAUGCCCUCUGUCCAGCAGCAAAUCACCACAGGGCAGAUGCACAGAGGACACAUGCCACCACUGAGUCUGGCCCAGCAGGCCCUGAUGGGGACCAUCAACAGCAGUAUGCAGGCUGUGCAGCGGGCUCAAUCUGACCUGGGACAAGUUGAUAAUCUGCCUCCACUGGGCCACGACUUGGCAUCUAGAGUUUGGGUUCAGAACAAAGUGGAUGAAUCCAAACAUGAAAUCCACUCUCAGGUUGAUGCUAUCACAGCUGGAACAGCAUCUGUGGUCAAUCUCACUGCAGGUGAGCCCACAGAAACUGACUAUACAGCAGUGGGCUGUGCCAUCACCACCAUCUCCUCCAAUCUCACGGAAAUGUCCAAGGGUGUCAAGCUGUUAGCGGCAUUAAUGGACGAUGAGGUGGGCAGUGGACACAAGCUCAUGAGUGCUGCCAGGAUGCUGGCAGGAGCUGUGUCAGAUCUACUCAGAUCUGUUGAGCCUGCAGCCGCUGAGCCCAGACAAACGGUGCUGACUGCGACAGGAAGCAUUGGGCAGGCCAGCGGGGACCUACUCCGUCACAUGGGGGAGGGCGAGACUGAUGAGAAGUUCCAGGACACCCUGAUGAAUCUGGCCAAAGCAGUGGCCAAUGCAGCUGCUAUGUUAGUCCUGAAGGCCAAGAGCGUGGCCCAGGUGGCCGAGGACACCAUGCUGCAGAACCGAGUGAUCGCAGCUGCCACUCAGUGUGCCCUGUCCACCUCACAGCUGGUAGCCUGCACCAAGGUGCUGAGCCCAACCAUCAGCUCCCCAGUGUGCCAGGAGCAGCUUGUUGAGGCUGGGAAGCUGGUGGACCGCUCUGUAGAAACCUGUGUCAAAGCCUGCCACUCGGCCAGCAGCGACGGCGAACUGCUGAAGCAAGUCGGGGCAGCGGCCGGUGUGGUGAGCCAGGCCCUCAGCGACCUACUGCAGCAUGUCCGCCACUACGCCAGCUGCGGAGAACCCAUCGGACGUUACGACCAGGCCACAGACACGAUCAUGAACGUGACAGAGAACAUCUUUACUUCUAUGGGUGAUGCUGGGGAGAUGGUGCGUCAGGCCAGAGUAUUAGCUCAAGCCACCUCCGACUUGGUUAAUGCCAUGAGAUCAGAUGCAGAGGCGGAAGUUGAUGUUGACAACUCCAAGAAACUGCUGGCUGCAGCCAAACUCCUGGCUGAUGCCACAGCUCGCAUGGUGGAGGCUGCUAAGGGGGCGGCUGCCUACCCCGAGAACGAGGACCAGCAGCAAAGGCUCAGAGAGGCAGCUGAGGGGCUCCGUGUCGCCACUAAUGCUGCAGCUCAGAAUGCGAUAAAGAAAAAACUGGUCAACAGGCUGGAGAUAGCUGCAAAGCAAGCAGCGGCUGCUGCUACUCAGACCAUUGCAGCUGCCCAAAAUGCUGCUGCUUCCAACAAAAAUACUGUCUCACACCAACAGCUUGUGCAUAGCUGCAAGGCAGUAGCAGACAGCAUUCCCCAGCUGGUGCAAGGUAUGAGGAGCAGCCAGGCCCAGCCUGAGGAGCUGGGUGCUCAGCUUGCCCUCAUCAUGGCCAGCCAGAACUUCGUACAGUCUGGAAGUAAGAUGUUGACAUCUGCAAAGUCAGCAGUUCCAACAGUAGCUGACCAGGCUGCUGCUAUGCAACUGGGUCAGUGUGCCAAAAACUUGGCUACCUGUUUGGCAGAGCUCAGAACCGCCACCCAGAAGGCUCAUGAAGCGUGUGGUCCUCUAGAGAUCGACUCAGCCCUGAAAACAGUUCAGACACUUAAGAGUGAGCUUCAGGAUGCCAAGAUGUCUGUCAUCGAUAGCCAGCUCAAACCUCUUCCUGGGGAAACACUGGAGAAGUGUGCACAGGAUUUAGGAAGUACAUCUAAGGCUGUGGGCUCUUCCAUGGCCCAGCUGCUGACAUGUGCUGCACAAGGCAAUGAACAUUAUACAGGUGUGGCUGCCCGAGAAACAGCGCAGGCUUUGAGGACAUUGGCCCAAGCAGCCAGAGGUGUGGCAGCCAGCACCAAAGAACCACAAGCUGCAGCUGCAAUGCUGGACUCGGCUCAGUGUGUUAUGGAGGGCUCGGCCAUGCUGAUUCACGAAGCCCAUCAGGCUCUUGUUCAUCCUGGAGAUGCUGAGAGUCAGCAGAGACUGGCACAGGUGGCCAAAGCAGUGUCGCAUUCCCUGAAUAACUGUGUGAAUUGCCUGCCGGGCCAGAAGGAUGUUGACAUGGCCCUCCGGAGCAUCGGCGAGGCCAGCAAGAAGCUGCUGGUGGACAUACUCCCUCCCUGCAGUAAGACAUUCCAAGAUGCCCAGACGGAUCUGAACCACACAGCAGCUGAGCUCAACCACUCUGCAGGCGAGGUCGUUCACUCUUCUCGUGGAACAAGCAGCCAGCUGGCUGCGGCCUCGGGGAAGUUCAGCCAAGACUUUGAUGAGUUUCUAGAUGCUGGCAUUGAAAUGGCAGGGCACACCCAAAGCAAGGAGGACCAGAUCCAAGUCAUUGGUAAUCUGAAGAACAUCUCCAUGGCAUCCAGUAAGCUGCUGCUGGCUGCCAAGUCUCUGUCUGUGGAUCCGGGUGCAGCCAACGCUAAGAAUCUUCUAGCUGUGGCAGCAAGGGCGGUGACAGAGAGUAUUAACCAGCUGAUCACGCUCUGUACCCAGCAAGCAGCAGGACAAAAGGAGUGUGACAACGCCUUGAGGGAGUUGGAGGCUGUCAGAGGGCUCCUAGAUAAUCCCAGCGAACCUGUCAGUGAACUCUCCUACUUUGACUGCAUUGAGAGUGUCAUGGAGAACUCAAAGGUUCUAGGAGAGUCAAUGGCAGGCAUUUCUCAGCAUUGUAAGACAGGUGAUGUGGUAGCCUUCGGGGAGAGCGUGAGUGUGGCAUCCAAAGCUCUGUGUGGGCUAACGGAGGCUGCAGGACAGGCAUCAUAUCUUGUAGGUGUAUCUGAUCCCAAUAGUCAGUCAGGCCAUGAGGGGCUGGUGGAUCGCAUACAGUUUGCAAGGGCCCACCAGGCUAUACAGAUGGCCUGUCAGAACUUGGUGGACCCGGCCAGUAGUCCUUCACAGGUCUUAUCUGCAGCCACAAUUGUAGCCAAGCACACUUCAGCUCUCUGUAACGCGUGCCGUCUGGCCUCCUCUAAAACCUCCAACCCUGUGGCUAGGAGACAGUUUGUCCAGUCAGCCAAAGAGGUGGCCAACACCACGGCCAACCUCGUCAAAACCAUCAAGGUCAACUCCCCAACUGAUCAAAACGCCUUAGAUGGGGAUUUUUCUGAGGAUAACAGGAACAGGUGCCGUGUUGCUACAACCCCACUUCUUGAGGCUGUGGAAAACCUGUCAACCUUUGCCAACAACCCAGAGUUUGCGAGCAUCCCAGCUCAGAUCAGCAAUGAGGGCUCAGCAGCGCAGGAGCCCAUUGUGCGUUCAGCCCGCUCCAUGCUCGAUAGCUCUACUUACCUUUUAGAAGCGGCCCGCUCGCUGGCCCUCAAUCCCAAAGAUCCUCCUACUUGGUCAAUACUAGCUGGCCAUUCCAGGACGGUUUCUGACUCCAUCAAGAGCCUCAUCACCUCUAUUAGGGACAAGGCACCAGGACAGAGGGAGUGUGAUUACGCCAUUGAUAAUAUCAAUAAGUGUAUCCGGGACAUUGAGCAAGCUUCCCUGGCUGCUGUUGGGCAGACCUUGCCCUGCAGAGAUGAUAUCUCCAUGGAAGCGCUCCAGGAGCAGCUGACAUCCUCUGUGCAAGAGAUUGGGCAUCUGAUUGAUCCUGUUGCUACAGCAGCUCGAGGCGAAGCUGCUCAACUAGGACACAAGGUGACCCAGCUGGCUGGUUACUUUGAUCCACUUAUUGUGGCAUCAGUGGGCCUGGCCUCAAAGCUCCAGGACCACCAGCAGCAGAUGACCAUCCUGGACCAGACAAAGACCCUGUCUGAGUCUGCCCUGCAGAUGCUCUAUGCUGCCAAGGAGGGCGGAGGAAAUCCAAAGGCCUCACACACCCACGAUGCCAUCUCUGAAGCAGCCCAGCUGAUGAAGGAGGCUGUGGAUGACAUCAUGGUGACAUUGAACGAGGCGGCCAGCGAGGGGGGCAUGGUCGGGGGCAUGGUGGAGUCCAUUGCUGAGGCCAUGGGGAAGCUGGAUGAAGGAACACCCCCUGAACCUGCGGGCUCCUUUGUGGACUACCAGACCACCAUGGUGAAGUUCUCCAAAGCCAUCGCUAUCACUGCACAGGAGAUGAUGACUAAGUCAGUAACCUGUCCUGAAGAGCUUGGUGGCCUUGCCUCUCAGGUGACAGUGGACUAUGGGCAGCUAGCCCACCAAGGACGCCUUGCUGCAGCUACUGCUCACCCAGAGGAGGUUGGUUUCCAGAUAAAGACACGGGUGCAAGAGCUGGGCCAUGGCUGUAUCUACCUGGUCCAGAAGGCUGGAGCCCUGCAGCUCAGCCCCACUGACAGCUUCUCCAAAAGGGAGCUCAUCGAGUGUGCCCGCACAGUCUCAGAGAAGGUGUCCUUGGUAUUGUCUGCGCUGCAAGCGGGAAACAAAGGCACCCAGGCCUGUAUCACAGCAGCCAGUGCUGUUUCUGGCAUCAUUGCUGACCUGGACACCACCAUCAUGUUUGCCUCAGCUGGAACACUGCACCCUGAGAAUGAAGAGUCGUUUGCUGACCACAGGGAGAGCAUCUUGAAGACAGCGAAGGUCCUGGUGGAGGACACCAAGCUGCUGGUUGCUGGAGCUGCAUCUAGCCAGGAGAAACUAGCCCAGGCUGCCCAGUCGUCAGCCAAGACCAUCACUCAGCUCACUGAGGUGGUCAAACUGGGAGCGACCAGCAUGGGCUCUGAGAACCCUGAGACACAGGUGAUAAAAAUCCAAAACACAUUUAAACUGACAAAUAAGUAAUAAAGUUACAUUUGUUUGGUCAUAUGUGCCCACAGUUGAAUGCCUUUCAUUUCUAAAAGAUUUAAAUUUUUAACAAGGCAGCAUGGACCCUGGCGUUAUACUCCAUUAUCACUGCACUACUCCCUAAUAUUAGUCAUCUACAAUGAAUGCCUUCUGUCUGUCUACACCCAGUUAUACUCUCUGUGUAGUUGCAGUUUCUUCUGAUAGACACUGUUUCUCCUCUUUUCCCUGUGUGUAUGUCUCUAUCUCUGCUUUUCGCUAAGUCUGAAGUAUCAUGACUAGGUGG